GCAGAGCGGCCCACAUGCCUCGACAGGCCUCAAACCCUGCCGUCUGAAGUGGCCCAUUCUUUUGACGACACGCGCCAUUCACACUGUGACCGGAGGAUUUGGCUGUCUGAUCUCCGAGGGCUUGGCAACCGCGUGGUUGGUACUUCUUGUGGUCGCUUCAUUUUCCUGCAAAUGCCAGGCCUGGCAGAUGGACAUGGUAUGAAUCUACUUCGUUGUCACAGGGUCUCUUCUCGUCUUGAGACGACUUUUUCUACCUUGACCAGUCUUCCAUUUCGACUAUGCCAAGUGUGA